AUGCCUUAUGUCGAGGAGCCGGCUGGUAUUUAUAUCGGAAGGGGAAGGGAACAGGUGGAGAGGGGUGGUGUAUCUCGGGUUCAGAGCAGGAGUAGAAGCAGGGCUAGAUGUGAAUUAGAAGAAACGGGAUAUGCGUAUAGGUAUUUGUCGGAUGAAGAACUUAUUCGUAGGGCAAAAGAAGAUGGAUUGAAGAGAUAUGGUUACUAG